AGAUUAAGUUCUAACUCCGGUACAAAGUGAGUAUCCUAUUUAUUCUAAUGCAGAUACCGUGCUUCCGCCGUAGCGUUACUUUGCAGUUCAAAGCCACAAACACUGACCCGUGGCAGUCACGCAAGGCUUUCCCGACGUUAUAUGUUACUGCUUCGCCGCCAUCUUACCUGCAACCGUACGAAAAUAGUGCACACCUGAUAGCCAGUGCCAUCCGUUGCUUUCAAUGUAGCUCAGACCAGGAAUCCGAUGGAGAAGACCAAUGUGGAGCUUACGAACAUUUUGAUACAGAGAGAAAUAUAGCAAUUGACUGUCUUGGAGAAGAAGCUGUAACACCUGGAACUUUCUGUUACAAAAGUAUCCAACAAAGUCCUAGAGGGUUUAUUUGGGACGGUAGAUGGCGCACUGUGAUUCGUCGAUGUGCUCAAGUGUCAGAACGAGGAAAUAACUGGGGCUGUGACUGGGGCUAUAAAGAAAAUGGAGUGUACUGGGAAAAAUGUUACUGUGCGGAAGACGAAUGUAAUGGAGCCAGAAAUUUCAGAAUAUCAAUGAAUCACAUUUUUAUCGUUUUACUUUGCGCGUCAACUUUAACAAUGUUAAUGAUAUAAAUCAGCACAAUGAUAUCUGGAUUAAAAAACAAAGAUCAAAUUAAGUGGGGCGGGUAGCUUGAUCAUUCCAUCUUGACUCUCUGUGUGUUUAUAGAUAUAAAUGAAUUUGAUAUUUAAAUGGUUUUAUGAAAGUAGUUUUUAGUUAGCAAGGCAAGGAGAGAUUCACUCUCUACAAAACUUGAAAGUGUGUUUAUCUAACCCUUUUAUCCUCAUAUAUUCUGUGUUUUGAAGGUUGGAAUUCGAUAUAUUUAUAGAGAGAGAAAUAAUGCUUUCUAGGAAUGCAGACUGUUGAACACGUAUUCUUGUGAAUGAGAGAAUAAUAUGAUGACCCUUAAAAAUAAGAUGUAAUUUUUACAGUGUUGAUUUUAUAAAUUUUUCUCUGACUAUGACUGUAAAGAACUCGCCAGAUCCUAUGCUGGAAAAGGUACGUAUUAGUGUGCUUUCGCUAUAGUUAUGUUUAUAUGAAAAGUUUUUUUUUAUUAUUAGUAUUCUAGAAUAAUUGUGAAAAGAAUAUAAAAGUUUUAUUAGAACCAUUAUAUUCUAGAACCACAUUUAGAUAGAAACUAUUCAUUCGUUAUGCGUUCAAAUAAUGUCUGAGUUAGUGUCCGUCCAUGCAUAUUUUGCCUAUAAUAUAAUAACGAAGCAGAUAUGUACAUAUUAGUCUAAAAAAAUGUGCUUUUUUUGGUAAAAUGUUUACUCCAAUAUUUUAGAAAAACGGUGAAUUUACUUAUUCAUAAAACGAGAUUAUCGUAUUAAUGAGUGCAGUAAAUGAUAAUCACUUGGAAUUUGUGUGUAUGUAGCUAUGUUUAUUUACAUCGUAGUAUGCGGUGCUCUUUCAAACACUGUUGUUUCAGCCUUGGUAAGCUUAUCGAACUAAGACUGUGUGGUUCUUUUAAAAGUUACUUGUUUGGUGUGUUCUUUCUUACUAAGUGCUGCAUAUAAUUAAACGGCUCUUUUAUAUAUGCACUGUGCCGACUGAAUUAUUCGAGUUUAGGUGUCGGUAAGCAAUUAAGUGGUGAAAGUUAUGUCACACUGUAUCGUAUGGAAGGUUUCAGCUAAUGCAGU